GGGGGCAGCGCAGAGAAGCACUACUCGGUGCUGCUGCCCUCCGUCACGCACAGCGGCUUCCUCUACAAGACCCCCUCCAUGGCCAAGCCCCUGAGCGAGCGCAAGGCUCAGGAAGAGUUCAGCCGGCGGUGGUGCGCGCUGCAGGACGGCGUCCUCAGCUACUACGAGAACGACCGCAACACCGCGCCCAACGGCGAGAUCAAGGCGGCCGAGAUCGUGUGCCUGGUGAACAACCCGCCCCACACCCACGGCAUCGAGUGCACGUUCGAGGUCUACAUCGAGUCGGAGAGGCUCUACCUCUUCGGGUUGGACAACCCCGAUGGCGCGCGCGAGUGGCUCCGGUCCCUCGCCAAGUCCUUCGUCCCGCCGUGUGCUGAGGAGCUGCUGGGCCACGACUUCGAGCGACUCGGGCGGCUGCUGUACAAGGGGGGGCUGAACCUGGAGCGCGCCGAGGAGGGCUGGUUCGCGCUGGUGGGUUCCACGCUCUACGUCUGCUCCGGGGAUGGCGAGCGGCAGGAGGCCGUGCAGCUGCGAAAGCUGCAGGAGCUGUCCAUCCAGGGGGACAAUGAGGUGCUGGUGCUGGUGGAGAGGAGGAGGACGCUGUACAUCCACGGGGAGCGGCGGCUGGACUUCGUGGGCUGGCUGCAGGCCAUCCAGAAGGCAGCGGGCAGCAGCGGGGACACGCUGGCGGAGCAGCAGUUGACAGAAGGGGACGUCCCCGUGCUGGUGGAUCGCUGCAUCGAUUACAUCACGCAGUGCGGCCUGACGUCCGAGGGCAUCUACCGCAAGAGCGGGCAGAACUCCAAGACCACCAACCUGCUGGAGACCCUGCGGCGCGACGCCCGCGCCGUGCGCCUGAAGGAGGGCGAGCACCACGUGGACGACGUGGCCAACACCCUCAAGCGCUUCUUCCGCGAGCUGGGCGACCGCGGGCUCUUCACCGGGCGCUGGAGCCAGGAUUGGUUGAGGGCGACGGCAAGCCGGGGACUUCAUCUGCACCGUGUACCUGGAAGAGAAGAAGACAGAGACGGAGCAGCACGUCAAGAUCCCGGCCACGAUGACGGCUGAGGAGCUCACCUUCGAGAUCCUGGACCGGAGGAAAAUUGUAACCAAGGAGAAGGAUUAUUGGAGCUGCUUCGAAGUGAAUGAGAGGGAGGAGGCAGAGCGUCCCUUGCACUACUCCGAAAAAGUGCUGCCCAUCGUGCACAGCCUGGGCACCGACAGCUUCCUGGUGGUGAAGAAGCAGCUCUCCAUGGAGAACAUGCUCGUCUACCUCGCCAGCAGAGUGGGCGACUGCAAGCACGGCAUGAUGAAGUUCCGCGAGGAGAGGAACGUGCUGGGGCUUGGCCUGAGCACCGGCUUCCACGACCGCUACUUCAUCCUCAACCACACCUGCCUGCGGCUCUACAAGGAAGUGCGG